AUGAAGCAAGGCAUUUCACGUCGAAUAGUGCCACUUCUCACUAUGCAAGAGGAUGCGUAUCGAUCAAGGUCUGCCGAGAAGCGGCAACUAGGGCUUGCGAUAUGUGCGUAAAGGUGGGGGAAAGUGCGUGAGCCUGCAGCGUCGGCGUCCGCGUCCGCGUCACUUGAGCGAAGUGCUCAGCGGCACUCGUGACUGCGUUUGCGGCAUCGCAUGGCAUGGCAUGUCUGACGGGCGGACCGAUUCAGACUCACCACUCGGCCAAGUAUUCAGUCAGCAGGCGCGCACAGCUGACUUGGCCGGUCUAGCAGUCACGGACGGCUAUGGCCCGCGAGUACCGAGGCCGAGGCCGAUCGAUCUGGACCGACUUGACUUUGCUCCUAUAGUCGUGAGAGAGCUUGCUGUGUGGAGGUAGGUGAGCGAGUCUGUGGUCCACAAAGGUUGAUUAGGUGAGCCGAGCCAUGCCAUGCCAUCCGCAUCUGUUGCCUUGUGGCACGCAUCUGCGCACAUCUUUCCUGAAGUCACGAGUAUGAUUGAAGCAUGUCUCUGUGCGACCGGACAGCUUGGAGGUGAGCUCAGCUCGCACUGAGCUCUCGUGCCCACCUUUGUCCUUUGAACGACGAACAAGGAGCGCAUCUGGAGUCACGAGUCGUGAGUGGGAAAUGCGCACGAAUGCGCGGCCAAGUGGAAAUGUCAACGUGAUGUGAUGAUGACUCUUGCCGCAUUCAAUUCAGAUUUGGAUACAUAGCAAGUCAGUGGGCCGAUGAAGGAUUGCGCUUGUUGCGGGAUUCGGAGGUCCCGCGUACGUGGCGUUGUGUGCGGGACUGGGUUCGUCAUGAUGAGAAAUGAAUGACCGUACUCACACUCGGGACAAGAUAUCUUCUACGGGCCAAGGGGAAUCGAAUCCAAUUCACCUUGUGCCUAGAGCGCGACCCGUGGAUCACCUGUUCUCCAGCUGCGCAGAUGAGAGCGUCUUGCAUCGAGGCGAGGUAGCUUGCUGCUUGAGACAGGGCCGAAUCGAGCGCUUGCAAGGUUCACGAGUAAAACUGCUCGUAAGCGUGGUGCUCGUCAAUGAGGUGCGACAUGAAGACCAAUCCUUUGCAUGGGAUGGAAUGACAGCGGCAAUUUGAGUGGCGCUUGUGCAGGAGCCAUCAAAUUGGAGUCGAGCAAUCCGUUUGCGCGCGAGCUGAUGUGCUCUCUCAGGUGUCGAGAAGGCGAGCGAACGAGAAGGAUGAUCGCGAUGACUAGUCGCUAUUCCCAGUCACAAGUCUACAAUCAAGAAUGGCAGUUGCGAGUGCGAGUCUAGAGACGCUCUGACAGCCCUGACAUGCUGCGCCAAAAGAAAAGUGGAAGCCAUUGCGAUUGUAGUCACGACUGUACCUGACAAAGACAAGCAGACGCAGCUCGGAGAGACGCAAAUGGGACGCUUGACUUGCAAUUUGACCGCUCAAUGUGACUCUCAAUGUACCUGUGUCCACGCAUCAUAGAGUGUGUGGUGCAGUCCUGCAAUACAGACCACAACCUGAUUGGAUGGUGCACUCGCACAGUGGCCAGCACCAACAGCCUCUUCCGCGGUCAGAUGGCGUCAGGGACGAUGGAUGCAUCUGCAUUCGUCGAUGUCAGGCGUGCCACUCUUGUAACUGGGUGA